AUUCGAUCUGCAUGAAGCCCGUCGGACGCUUUUACUAUGACAUCAUCUCGCCAUUCGGGUACCUCUUCUUGAAGAUGCGAGCUCCUUUGGAGAAGAAGUUGACUCUGAAGCCAGUCCCCAUCUUCCUUCCGGGGCUGUUGCGUGCCCAGAGCAACAUCGGACCAGCGGAGGUCGACGUCAAGCGCGCGUACACGUACGCGACCGUUGUGUGGAAGGCAAAGUCAUUGGGCGUACCGCUCACGUUUCCGCGUCGCCAUCCGUUUGCGUCAGCCUCCGCGCAGCGUCUGCUUCUCUCCCUUAACGCCGAUAUGGCCACAGUUGACCGCGCCUUUGCCUUUGUCUGGGCCGACGGCAACGACCCCGAGACUCAAUGGGAAGACUUUUGCGCAGCGCUCGACCUCCCACGAACCACGCCCAAGCCGGAAGACAAAGCCAUCAAGCAAGCCCUCAUUCAAAACACGGCCGAUGCCGCCACCGCCGGUGUCUUCGGCGUGCCCACCGUCGAAGUGAAUGGGCACGUGUUCUGGGGCUGCGACCACUUCGACUGGUUGGUCGAGUACCUGGAUCACCCCGACAUGUUUCAAGACUCAGCGUACAGUCGAGCGUUGGCUACCGAGAAUCCCCUCGCCAAAGCAAAGAAGCUCUGAGUGUGCUUGCAAGUAUAUUUCGAUAAUGACAUGAAACUAAUACGGUGGCAAUAGCGACUCCAUAUGUCGUUCAGCCUUUCUCCAUCA